AUGGCGACAUCAACCAAUCCUCCUACGCGAACAGGCACUCAACACCAAGAGGAAGCCACAUUCCGCAACUACGACUCCUCGGCAGCGGUCAAAUACGCCCAAUACCGCUUCGGCUGGAGCGAGGCAUUCAUCCAAGACAAUGUCAUCAAACCCCACAUAUCUGCCGGCGGCGAGUUGAACGUCUUGGUCGAUAUCGGCUGCGGCCCAGGGAACUCGACACGCUGCCUGGCACCGCACUUCCAGGCCGUGCUGGGCGUCGAUCCAUCACCCGCGAUGGUCGAAGCGGCGCGUGCAAUCCCAGCUGCCGUCGCCGCUAGCACCACCGCAAGCGGCGAGCCGAUCAGAUACGAAGUCGGGCGGGCCGAGGAGUUGCAUGCUCUGCCUGCGCUGGUGGAACUGUGGGCCGACAAGCACGGCAAGGAGUGCGUCGACGUCAUCACAGCCGCGACCGCUGCGCACUGGUUCGACAUGGCGCCCUUCUGGGCCUCGGCGGCGCAGAUCCUGAAACCUGGCGGCAGCCUGGUGCUUUGGGGUGGCGGCGGAUUCUACGUCGAUCCCGCCACGACCCCCAACUACGCCAAGGUGCAGCGGGUUCUGGACGAUUUCGAAAACAUCGUUUUGGCGCCGUUUGCGACCGAGGGCAAUAUCCUGGUGAGAGAGAUUUAUGCCGGGUUGCCGUUGCCGUGGGAUUGUGUAGGGGGUGGAGAGGGAGAUGCGGAUCCGAAGUUGAAGGAGUUGUUGGGCAUGUUUGACAAGGAGAAGUUUGAGAGACGCGAGUUCAACAAGGAUGGAAAGGUCGCGCCCGGGGAGGCGUUUGUCAAGGGCUGGAAGGCGGAUUUCGAUGCCAUCCGCAUGAGCAUGGGGACUGCUAGUCCUGUCCAGAGGUGGCGCGAGGCGUAUGCGGAGCAGGUGAAGAGCGGGGAGGUGGAGGAUCUGGUGGAUAAGCUUGUGAGGCAGGUGAAGGAGCUUUUCGACGAGGUUGAAGAGGGUAAGGGUCGAACUUGGGUUGAUUGUGGGACCAGUGUUGGUUUGCUCAUUGUCAAGAAGAAGAAAUGA